CUUUUACUAACGAAAUUGGAAAGUCGAUCGGAGCGAGUCUAAAUUUUGUGUGAGUAAAAACUCACGAGGUCAAGUCCACCUACACUUCUUUUCUUCGUUCCAAGUUCUUUAUGAUCUCUUACGCCAUCUGCCGCGACCUUCCUCAGUCAUUUUCCAACUGCGUAACAGCUGUGGAUCUCAGUCAAUCCGCAAUCGACAUCACUUUAGCUCGUCAGCAGCACGAUGAUUAUGUUAAAGUGCUUAAGGAACAUGUAGAGAACGUUAUACAAGUCUCAGCAGAUGAAGAUCAUCCAGACUGCUGCUUUGUGGAAGAUACAUGUGUUGUUGUUAAAGAUACAGCUGUUGUCAAUCAACUUGGCCAUGUUUCCCGACAGAAAGAGAUUGGCCCCAAUGCCGAGGCACUAAAGCAGGUACCAACCCUGAAGACUAUUGUAUAUAUGAAAGAUAUGGAUGAGGAGGCGACUUUGGAUGGAGGAGACUGUAUGUUGGUUGGCGACCAUCUGUAUGUUGGGCUUUCAGCGCGAACCAACGAACAAGGUGCGAAAGUACUAGAAAAAGCUUUCUCGUCCAGCUGUAAGGUGGUUACUAUUACUGCCCUUAAAGACUCUCCUACCCUUCAUCUCAAGUGCCUUGUAACUCAAGUUAAUGAAGACACACUUGUUGCUUGCUCCAAUCCAGCCGGGAAAGAGUUGAUCCAGGAGAUCAAGCAGAAGAGCGGUAUUGACUACAGCGUUAUCUUCGUACCCGAUAGCGUUCCCGCCAACAUCCUAGCUUUAGGCUCCGACUUUGUUGUAAUUCAGAAGAACUUUCCAGAAAGUGAGCGCAUACUGGUGGAAGAGCUGACCGAGAAAAGGGGGAUUCAGUUGAAAGCUUUAGAUAUGAGCGAGCUGAUCAAGGCAGAUGGCGCAUUGACGUGCUGUUCUGUCCUUAUACCUUAGGCGAUUACGCCGUAAAUCUACUGUGACGUUAUGUUUUAUUUUCCCAAUCUAGGGACCAACUUCAUCCGAGACAACGAUAUUAUUUGCUUGUCAGUCGAAAAUAAAAUACAAAUUUGAUACAGAAUCAUCAGCAAA